AUGAUUGGGAACAACCAAACAACUGUUACAGAAUUCCUGCUUUUGGGAUUUACCAAAUAUCACCCCUACAAGUUUUGGAUUUUCUUCUUAACCCUUUCUGUUUACAUUGCAACAGUGGUGGGUAAUCUUCUGAUCAUUACAUUAGUUUUACUAAGUCCUUAUCUCAAAUCUCCCAUGUACUUCUUCCUAAGCAACCUCUACGUAUCUGACACUAUAGUGACAACCAACAUCAUACCCAACAUGCUCUGUGUUACAUGGCAAGAUGGUGGGACAAUAUCUUAUGUUCCUUGCCUUUUUCAGUUUUAUAUUCAUGGUUCCUCGAGUUGUGCUGGGUGUUUUCUUCUCACGGCUAUGUCUUAUGACCGUUAUCUCGCUAUUUGUAACCCGUUACGUUAUACCGCAAUAAUGGAAUUUAAACUAUGUCUACAACUUGGAUUAUUUUCUUGGUUCUUUGGUUUUCUGGUACCAGUCAUGUCAACUACAAUGAUAAGUUGCAUGGAGUUCUGUGAUACUAAUACCAUUAAUCAUUUCUUCUGUGAUUUGGUACCUCUGUUAGAGAUUUCUUGUUCAGAUAUAUCAUUUGUGAAACUGGAAAUGUUCCUGGUCAGUGUCUUUGUGUUAAUUCUUCCUUCAACCCUCAUCAUUCUGUCUUACGUUUACAUUCUCAUCACUGUCCUUAAAAUUCCUUCCACCAGUGGCAGACAAAAAGUUUUUUCCACCUGUAGUUCCCACUUGACAGUUGUAUGUGUAUACUAUGGGACAGUAUUAGCCAUAUACACAAUACCAUCCAGUAAAAACUCUAUAGAUACCGAUAAGUUCCUCUCCCUUCUCUAUACUGUGGUAACGCCUCUGUUAAACCCUAUAAUAUAUGGCUUGAGGAGUCAAGAGAUUAGAAAUGCACUGAGUAAACUUAUUGGAUAA